AUGUCGAAUUCUAAUGCACCGUCCAAAGGACAGACCAUUGACAACCAUACUGAUAAUGAUAAUGAUAACUUCACAGAAACACUUGACGCUUCUGAAAUCACACCUUUACUUCAGGUUCCAACUCAACUAUUUUCUGGAGCAGACACUUCAAAUGAUGCAUUCUCAAACUCAAGGCUAGAAGAUACUUCUAUAUCGGAUACAGAUGGAGAUGCCUUGUAUGAUUUAAAGGAAACCUUUUAUCUAAUAAAAAAAGCGAUACCAGUUCUUUUGACAUAUCUUAUGCAAUAUUCGUUACAGAUUGCUAGUGUUUUUUCAUUAGGACAUUUGGGUUCAGUAGAAUUGGCUAGUGCAGCAUUGGCUUCAAUGUACGCCGCGGUAACUGGUUGGUCUGUCGCUUUAGGUGCCUCAUCAGCGUUAGAUACACUGUGUUCGCAAGCAUGGACUUCGGGUAAUCCAAGAAUGGUGGGCAUCUUUUUACAACGAGCCAUAGUCAUAAUUCUACUCGGAUUUUGCCCGAUUGCUAUCACUUGGUGGGAAGCUGAAAGUAUUCUUGUCUUACUCAAACAAGAUGAAAAACUGGCUCAUAAAGCGGGUUUAUUCUUGAGGUAUUUACUAAUUGGUGCACCGGCUUAUUUGGUUUUUGAAUGUUUGAAGAAGUAUUUACAGGCUCAAGGCAAAUAUCUCGUAUAUAGCAUUAUGAAAGCCAGCACUUAUGUUCUGAUAGUAUGUUCGAUUACGAAUGCCUUCUUAAACUAUGCACUAGUCUGGUAUGAACCGAUAUCUCUUGGUUUUAUCGGUGCACCAGUCGCAACAUCGAUAACCUAUUGGCUUAUGCUCAUUCUCCUGAGCUUAUAUACGGUAUAUGUGGAUGGAUCUCAAGCAUGGGGUGGUUGGACACGUGCUUGUCUUCGUGACUGGGGUUCAUUUUUGAGACUCGCUUUGCCGGGUAUUUUGAUGGUGUGUGCUGAAUGGUGGGCUUUUGAAUUGGUCGCUCUCGCUGCUGGAUACCUCGGAAGUGUUGCGUUGGCAACUCAAAGUAUCGUAUUGACAACUGCGAGUUUAGUCUAUCAGAUGCCAUUUGGUAUUGCAGUGUCUACUUCCAACAGAGUUGGCAAUUUUCUCGGUGCUGGAUUGGCCGGUCGUGCCAAAAUGUCAGCUAAAAUGUCAUUGGUACUCUCGGUUAUUUUUGCUUGUUUAAAUUCAUGUGUUUUACUGGCCUUUAAAAAUCAGUGGGGAUACUUGUUUACUAAAGAUCCGGAAGUUAUUGAUAUGGUGGCAAAUAUACUACCAUUGUGCGCUUAUUUUCAGGUUUCAGAUGGGAUAUCCGCAAUAGGUGGUGGUAUUCUCCGUGGUCAGGGACGUCAAAAGCUUGGUGCAAUAUUUAAUCUUACCGGAUAUUAUUUGGUCGCGCUUCCAUUGGGUCUUUCUCUUACAUUCAAAUAUAGUUAUGGUUUAAAGGGACUUUGGAUUGGUUUAACGUGUGCAUCGUAUCUCGUGUCAUUCGCUGUUUUCUGGGCAAUCAUCAACACAGAUUGGAAAUGGGAAGUUGAAGAGUGUCGUCGCAGAAUUAAAAUUGUUGAUGCUGAGGUUAAAGCUAAUGGUGCGCGAAAAAAUUAUGGUACAGAUUUGGAAGAAGGCUUUCCUGGAAAUCAUACGAAUAUAGCCGCAGGUGUUGGGAAUAGUAGUAGUUAA